AUGUUACCAAUAGAUCAAGAAAUUCGAUCAAAAAAUGUUAUUGCAAAUCCUGGUCCAUUAGGUUUAAGUGCUUUUGCAAUGACUACAUUUGUUUACUCUAUGUUUUCAGUUGAAGUAUUAGACAUAAAAAUACCUCAAGUGGGUCUUGGUUUAGCAUUGUUCUAUGGAGGAUUUAUUCAAUUAUUGGCAGGCAUGUGGGAAAUGAAAAAUGGGAAUACUUUUGGUGCUACAGUAUUUAGCUCUUAUGAUACGCUUUUUAUGUUGAUUUGUGCUCUAAGGACAAAUCUUGUAAUGAUAAGUGCUCUCUUCUUUGUAUUCAUCACAUAUAUUUUUCUUGGUAUUGGUAAAUUUACACAUAAUACAACAUUUGAUCGUAUUGGUGGUGGAUUUGGAGCUCAACUACUCACUGACGAGACUUCUUAUUUCACCUUGCCUCUCUGGCCAAGAAAUUUAACAACUGAUAAAGUUAAUCAAAAGGCAAAAAGAACUCAAGAUAAUAAAUAA